CUAUAGGCUAUUGUCAGUUUUGUUUAUGUUCUCCCGGCAACGGAUUAUUACAAUAGUUUUGCCUAAAGCCUAACUCUCUGUACAAAGACCAUCACUCCCUAGGAACGGAUCAUCUGUACAUAAGAGACAGGAGUGAAAUGUUACGGUCAUACACAGAUAUGAAGAAACACACAGACUUCGGUGACUCAUUCUGGAGUUUUGGAAAAGAGCAGGACUUCAAGCCUCACAUCAGACACGUUGAGCCUGUUCUCACUGAAUGUGACCUUGACUGGAAAUCCCAUUUGCGCUGGAUACCUGAACCUCGAUAUAGUGAUGCCCCAUUUCCACACAUCAAAGACAUAAAGUUUCCCAAUGAAAGGAAACUGAUGAGAUCCUUCCCACAGGCUAAUAGGGUGUCCGCAUCUGAGUGGAGCUUUUAUCCAAACAUCGGACAGCCCAAGACCUAUCACACUGGAAAGAGAUGUUUUAUGGAUGGCAUUAUGCAUACAAGAAGCAUGAGAUGCUUUUCAGAAAAUUCCCUGGAAUCAUCCAUAGGGAGGAAAAAGCAGGUUUGUUGUAUGAUAUACCCUUUAACAAAGGUCAGACCAUUUCUAGUUCCUGAGUACAGCUCUGACUUUCAUAAAAUGAAUCAUCACUGCGCACAGCCACUUUUGGGUAAGGACCAACAUGCUUACUGCAGAUGCAGUAAGAUAGACCAAAAGGAUGGGACUGUAGCCAUGUUUUAUUGCAAAUUAUUGAACAUAAAAACACCCUUUGUUCCACUUGUGAAGGGAUAUAUCAAAGUAGGCCUACAAUGUUUCAAAUCUCGCCACAUAAUUUUUCUGACAUAUUUACUUGUAUAUUACUUCAGAUCCAAGCCGUUUGCAACAUUUAAACCAUUUAUUCACCUAAAACCCUCUACAAAAAAUGUCAGUCCACUGUAUGCAGAGAAACAUAAAAGUCUUGCUCGAGAGGAGGACAUUCUUGAAGUCAAGAGCCUGAACAGCUGGAGACCAGCACCAGACAUCUAUGACAGGACAGUUUUGCUGGACACCUAAUUUGGAAGGUGUCAAACCAUGCUUACAUAUUUAUUGUUGUUAUGUGUUGUUAUUGUUAGUGUUUGCUGUUUUGUUAUACAUAUUUUAGUUUUAUCAAAGUGUUGAAGCAAAUAAAAUGCUCUUUCUUUCCUUCAACACUACCUUAUGGUUUUCCAUUGAGUAUAUUUGACAGUAUUUAGAUCUUUAUGGUUUAGCCCCAGAACUUCACAUUUGAAAGGGUUGAAUCAGGACAAAAUGUUAUGGGCUUCAGACAGUGAAAAUUGUUUGACCUUUUCUUUGCCUUAUUAGUUGGAGGUCCGUCAAAUAGAUUUUCCUUAAUUCCCUGACAAAGACAAAUGCUUUUUUUUUUUCAAUGUGCCAAAAUGUAAUUGCAGGACAGAAUAGGGUACAGUUAAGUAUAAUUGUGUAGGGAAGAUGUUUAUAAUUGUUAAUAAAAGAGGAACAGAAUCUAUUUCACUCUUAUUGUUUCAUCACAAUCUGAAUUCACCAUAUUGUAUCAUUCAUACACAGUAAGAUAUAAUAAGCAAGUUGUAUUAUAGUCAGUUCGUUCUUGCACUGAACCAUGUAAUCUCAUAGCAAAGUAACUGUUCAUAAACUGUUAUUUCAUAAAAUGAGGAUCAAACUCAGCUUGCUUGAAAGCAUUUUAAAGAAUAUUUUAUAUAGGGUUUAUUUGCUUUUGUAAGAAUUUCUGUGGUGGAACAUCUGUUGUGUUUUUAUCUAGGGUAGUUUUGCUGCAUAUUCAUUUUCCAUAUGAUUCAUUCAAAGGGCAGAUGAAUAAUACAUUAAGAGCUUAUCAACACUGUACAGACUGUAUGUUGGCAUUUUUUAUGCAUCUGUACUUUCUCUGAACUCACACAGUACACUUUGAUAAUAUGUAUAUAUUAGUCUUAACUUGUAUCACGGUUCUGCAGUAGAGAUAGAUGAUAUUUUUUCACUCUGAUAACGCUAUAAAAUUUCCAUUAAAUCUACCCACAGGGUUAUGCCAGCCCACAGUGUCAAUUAUAUUUAGAUAGACCACAAAUUUGGGGGCCAUUAGGGAAGCUGUUUAAUCAUUUUAUCCUUCAAGUAAAUCUGUUAGAAACCUCAGUAAAAACCUUUCAGUGUAUGUCAUUUUUUGCACUUUUCUCCUGUCAUUAGGAUUCAUUAAGGACAAUGAAAGUAAUGAAUGAGAAAGUGAGACAGGUUGAAUAGUGUCUCUAUUUACUCCAGCCUUGUGCAGAUACAUUUUGGGGGUCUGGGACCACCUGAAUCAAUUUGGC